CAGGUCGUCCACCCGACGCGAUAGCAGCUAUAAUAACCCAACUGAUGAUGCUACUGAUGGCGGCGGGUGUAAAAAAAUCCUUGGUCUUCAACAACGUCCUGAACGCCAUAAAUCUCGCGGUGUGGGUCUUCAUCAUGGCAGCCGGGAUGUUUUACAUAGACACGGACAACUGGUUCGAGCACAGGGGCUUCCUACCUUACGGCUGGAGCGGCGUUUUUACGGGCGCUGCGACGUGCUUCUACGCGUUCAUCGGCUUCGACAUAAUCGCCACGACGGGCGAGGAAGCCACGAAUCCCAAACGAAGCAUCCCCAUGGCGAUACUCUCCUCCCUCGUCAUCAUACUCGUCGCUUACGUGACGAGCAGUCUCGUUUUGACGUUGAUCGUCCCGUACGACGAGGUCGACCAAGACUCAGCGCUGGUGGAGAUGUUCGGCCAAGUCGGGGCCAACAAGUGCAAGUUCGUCGUGGCCAUCGGAGCUCUCGCCGGUCUGAGCGUCUCCAUGUUCGGCAGCAUGUNCUAA